AUGGACUCUGAGUAUGAGAUUGGUCAUGUCCGCAAGCUCCAGGCUCAGCACUCACAGAUGCAGAAGACCUUCGCCAACGGGAUCAACAACAUCUUCCGACUAGGCCGGGUGGGCAUCGGGAUCCAAGACCUGUACACAGAGCUUGCUGAUGGUGCCCACCUACUGCAGCUGUUGGAGCUUAUCUCUGGGGAGGCCCUGCCAGCACCCAGCCCAGGCCGCCUGCAUGUGCACUUCCUGGAGAACAACAGCCAUCCACUGGCCUUCCUCAGGGCCAAGGUCACCGACACUUGUGGGGGUGACAUCCUCGACUCUCUAGACAUCCAGGGCAACUAUGAAAUACUGACUGAAGACUGGAGCGAUGGGCUUGGCUUUAAUGCUCUCCUCCAUGCUCACAGGCCAGACCUGCUGGACUCACUGAGUCUGGAUCAUCCUCUGCACAACCUCUCCUCUGCCUUCCGAGUGGCUGAGCAGGAGCUAGGCUUUGCCCAGCUGCUGGACCCUGAGGAUGUGGCAGCCCCGCAUCCAGACGAGCGCUCCAUCAUGACCUAUGUGUCCCUGUACUACCACUGUUUCUCCGCCCACCUGCACCAGGGGCACACAGCCCAGAGGAGGCUGGCCAAGAUCCUGCUGCAACUCCAGGAAACAGAGGUACUGCAGGCUCUAUACCAGCAGUAGCUGGUGGCUGAUCUGCUCUACUGGAUUGCAGAGAAGCAGAUGCAGCUAGAGGCUCGGGACUUCCCGGACUCACUGCCUGCCAUGCGCCACCUACUGGCAGCCUUUGCCUCCUUCCAUGCCCAGGAAAAGCCACCUCGGCUGCAGCAGCGAGGAGCCAUAGAGGCCCUGCUCUUCCAGCUACAGACAACACUCCGAGCCCAAAACCGAAGGCCAUUUCAACCUCGAGAAGGCCUGGGCCCUGCAGAACUGGCUCAGCGCUGGGCAGACCUAGAGAGGGCCGAGGCCUCCAGGAGCCAGGCCAUGCAGCACAAGCUGCUACAGCUAGAGCUGCUGGAUACUCUGGCCCACCGCUUCCAGUGCAAGGCAGCCCUCCGGGAAAGCUUUUUAAAUGAGUCAGUACAGAUGCUAGACCAGGCCAGAGACUCCCUCAUCUACCCAGCCACAGGGGAGGCAGCCACUCAGAGGCUGCACAUGUUGGAAGUUAGCAUCCUGCCCCAGCAAGGGCGCUUCCAGGUCUUGGGCGAGAUUGCAGACAUUCUACAGCAGGAACAGUAUCACAGCUGGGCAGAUGUGGCCCGCAGGCAGAAGGAGAUCGCUGGGCGCUGGCAGAAGCUCCUGCAGUGUCUACAGGAGCAGCGGAAGCAGCUGACAGACACACGGGCUGUGCUGAGCCUGCUGCAGGAGGUGGAAACGCUUACCCAUCACCUAGGAAUGCACUGAUGGUGCCUCUCCCGCCAGGUGCUGGCCAACUCCACAGCCUGUGAACAGCCGGCAGAAGUAGCCUUAUUGCUGCAGCGGCAUGGUCUGCUGGAGGCCCAGGUCUCAGCCCACAGGACCCAAGUGAACCCUCUUGCCCACCACAUAGCACAGCUGGAUGCUUCCCAGGGCACCAAUGUGCAGGUGCUGCAGGCUAAAGCCCUGGCUCUGGUUGAGCUUCACCACAGCCUGGUGUCUCUUGUCAGAGCCCGACGCACCCGGCUGGAGCAGACCCUGCAGCUGGCACAGUUCCUGAACAGCUCUGAGGAGGAGGAGGCCUGCCUCACUCAGAUCUCUACAGCUCUGUGGAAACACAAGGCUUUGGAAACCGAACUCCAUCGCCACCAGUCUGUGUGUGCAGAUCUCGUGCAGAAAGGACCCAACCUCAGUGUUAGGGGGCCCCCAACACAGGCAGAUUCUCUGGAAAGGGCGGAAGCUGUGCUGGGAACAUGGCAGCUGCUCUGGACAGAAGCCGCAAGGAGGCGCACCCGGCUGCAAAGUGCACUGUUGGUUGCACAGUACUUAUCUGACUCAGCCAAGGCCGCUUCUUGGUUUCUGCUGCGACAGAAGCAACUAGAAAGCGCUUCCUGCUGGGAGGACCAGACGGAGGCCCUGCUGCAGCGCCACAUGGUCCUGGAGCAAGGCAUGCAUGCCUUCGGGGCGGAGCUGAGCGAGCUAGAGGAUCAGGCCCUGAUAUCACUCAAGGUGGGCUCCUGAACCUGGAAAGGAUUCAGACUCAUGUCUCCUACACUAAAGGAGGAGCCUCCAGAAGACUGGAGCAAGCUUGGCAGAGACACAACAGGAGAACCUCAGGGUGGGGCUCAAGUUUUAGCAGCAACAGGCAGCCAGUGUUCACACCAGCAGAUGCCCUUCUCCUCCAGAGAAGAGGCCCUGAAUAUUGGGGAGCUGAAAGACUUGGGGAACAGCCAGAGCAGGAUGACCGUCAUUCACAGCCUAGAACAGAAACCCCAGGUAUGACCACAUCUUGGUGGAGAACCUGCCACCUGGUGGGAGCUAGGUGAAGGUCCAAGGAUGGCUCUUCAGACUGAAUAUGACUUUGAUGUAGACUCCAAUACCAUACUCCAGGCACAGGCUCAUUUGAGCCAGAACUAUGAGAACCUAUGUGCCCCUGGCAAAGGUAAUGCCCUUUGUUUAAGAAAUCUUCACAGGGCCCGACUAGAGGAGGCAAUAGCCCUACUUAGCUUCUACAGCUCCUAUAGGGAGCUCCAGUCCUGGCUGGAGGAGCAAACAGCACUAUUCCAAACACUGCAGCCCCAGGGUGACAACCUAGAGGCCGCACAGCUCAAAUGUGAGAACUUUCUCAUGACAUUGGCCAUCGGAAAAGGCCACUGGGCUGAGGUCAUCAGCACUGCUGGACAACUGAAGCAGAGAUGUCCAGGACACUCCUUGAAAAUCCGACAACAGGAGGAAAACCUGAACCAGAGGUGGCAGCAGCUGGAAGCCCUGAAGGGGGAGAAAACGCUGCAGCUGACACACAACAUGGAGGUGUGCCGUCUACUACAGGAGUCUGAACCCACAUGAGCCCAACUGCUAAAUGCAAUAGGCAAGCUGGAGGCUCAGGACAGCCACUGGACCCAGCAGAAGGUCCUGGUACUGGAGAAGAGGAUUUCCUACCUCCAAAGAGCAGCUAUGGAGGUGCUGGAGUCAGGCCCCAUAGAGGGCUGGCUGCUUCAGGAGCAGGUGCUGAUGCUGCAGGAUCUGCUAAAGCAAGUGCAAAGGCAACUGGCCCAGCGAGUCCAGGUCCAGACUGAGGCUCGGGUCCAGCAAGGCAUCCUACAAGAGAGCCAGAAGUUGCUGCUGUGGGCGGAGGGCAUCCGGGCUCAACUGUGCAGCGAACAGCAGUUGAAGGAUGUGGCCUCAGCCCAGGAGCUGCUGAGGAAGCUUGGAAGCCUACAGGAGGAGACCUGCCUGUGGCAAGAGAGGCUGCAGCAGUUGGAGUCUCAAGGCCAGCUGGUGGCAGACUCAGACUCCCCACAGUUCCCAGAGGUGGCCAGUGCCCUAAGGUUCCUAGGCCAGCAGGGCCAGCAGCUGAAGGCUCUGUGGGGGCAGAGGCAGCAGAAACUUCAGGAUGGGCUGGACCUGCAGAGGUUUGCCCAAGAAGUGGAUAGCUUCAUUGCCGCCUGUGCCAGCCGUGAGGCCUCCCUGCACCUGGACAAUCUUGGGGAAAAGACUUGGGGAAGUAAAACUGGAGACGACUUAAGGGAGACCCAGAGCCUGCUGCAACAGCACCAGGGUUUGGGGUGGCUCCGGAGCACCCUGGGGUCAUGGGCUGAGGCCCAGCAGGUUCGUGGUAAGAAGCUGCUUCUGCGCCAACACCCCGCUGAGCACAAGAUCAGAAAGCUGCUGCACAGUGCCCAGACAUGGUGGACCAGGGCUCAGGAGAGGGGUGAGCAGAGAAGGCAGCAACUGCUGGCCUCCCUCCAAUUGCAAGAAUGGAAGCAGGCUGUGGCAGAGUUAAUGCUAUGGAUGGAGGAGAAGUGGCCCCCAGUGGCCGAUGAACCCUCCCAAGCAUGCUGCAACAUUCUGCAGAAACUCAAGUGGCAUAAAAGGACUGAGAGCAAGAUGUUAGACCGGGGGUCUGUGGAGGACCUACAGCAGGCUGGAAGAGAGCUGUUGCGUAGCCACCCAUCUGCACAGGAGGACACACAGGACAGACUUCAGGGCCUGAAUCACAAGUGGGAGGAGUUGCACCACAGGAUGGCAGAGCAAGGGGACAAGCUGCAGCAGACCAGACAGCAGGAGCAGCUCCUGGAGCUACUGCGGGAUGUCAGGGAGAUGUUGGAGCACCUGGAAGGAGCCCUGCAGAGUACAGAAACAGGACAGGACCUGUGCUCCAGCCUGAGGCUGCAGAAUCAGCACUGUCGACUAAAGGACAAGAGGCAGGCACUGGCCAGCAAGAUGACUGCCCUCAUCUCUCAGACCCACCAUGUGUCUACUUCCCUGACCAUCUUGGAGGAGAGCCAGAGGUGUCACCAGAGGUUCAAGUCCCUGCAGAGCAAGCUGGCCACCCGGCACCUGCAACUACAGGCAUCAGUCCAGUUCUACCAAUUUAACUGCCUUAGCAACCUGGAACUCACAUGGGUGGCUGAGCAUAUGCCCAGUACCACCACCCGCCCCGCCCAUUGCUGGCAUGAUGCUCAGAGCCUUCAACGUAAGCACAAGGUGCUCCAGGCAGAGGUGAAAGCUCACAUGGGACACAUGCAUAGGGCGCUAAGUUCUGGCCAGAGUCUAGCAGCCUCUGGGCACCCCCAAGCUCAACAAGUUGUGGAGCAAUGCCAGAAGCUAGAAGGCCGCUGGGCAGAACUGGAGCAGGCAUGUGAGGCACGUUCCCAUUGCUUGCAGCAGGCCAUCACUGUCCAGCAGUAUUUUCUGAAGGUGUCAGAAAUAGAGACCUGGGUGGAGGAAAAGUGGCCUCUGGCUAGCAGUUAGGAAUAUGGCAGCGGUGAUGCAGCUACCUUUGGGCUCAUUAGGAAACACCAGAUGCUGCAGCAGGAAUUAGCCCUUUAUUGGAGCUCCAUGGAGGAUCUUGAGCAGAGAUUCCAGACCCUUCCUGGAUUUGAGGCCUCUGAGCAGCUGGGUAUUGUACGGGAACAAUUGCAGGCCCUACAGAAGCUGGCAGAUGCAAGGGGUCAGGAGAUGGAGGGAACCCUGAAGCUACAUGAGUACAUGACAGAAGCUGAGGAUCUGCGGAGACAGCUGGCUAGCUGGAAGCAGGUGGCCAGAGGAGGGGACAGCUUUGGAGAGGACCAUGAGCAUGUUCUGCAACUCUGCACUAAGUUUGCAAAGUUUCAGAACCAAACUGAAACUGAUGCCCUGCGAAUAGAAACCUGCCAGAAGCUGGCAGACAGCUUGUUAGAGUGUGGGCACAGUGCUGCCCCCAAGGCCCACCAGAGGCAGCAGGAUCUGCGGGCUGCCUGGUCCGAAAUGUGGCAGUUGACCCGUGCCCAAAGCCGCCUGCUCCAUGACACAGAAACCACCCUCAGAGUCCACAAAGACCUUCUAGAAAUCCUUCCUCAGAUCCAGGAGAAAGCUACAAGCCUCCCUGAUGAUGUGGCCCAGGACCGGCACGGGGUGGAGAACCAGCUGUAGAGACAUGAGGGGCUGGAACACAAGCUGGCAGGCAUGGGACAGCAGCUGCAGGAACUGCUGAAGGCUGGAGGCAGGGUGCAGAAGCUGUGUCCAGGUCCUCAGGCCCUCGCCACUGUCCAGCAGCAGACUGUGACACAAGCCUGGGAGGCCCUCCAGCUGCAUGUGGGGCAGCGCAGGGCCUGGUUGAAGCGAGCACUCCUCCUGCUCCGAUUCCACACAGCGGUGAAGGACUCCACCUCCUGGGUGGCCAGCAUGCAUCAGGAGCUGCAGAUGGAGGAGGGUUCCUGGGAACCCAACAGUAGCCUGCUCAGGCUCAGAGCCCAUCAAUGGCUGCGGGCAGAGCUGGAAGCCAGGGAGGAGCUGUAGCAGCGGGCCAUUAAGCUAGGCCAGCAAGCACUUCUGGCCACAGGGACACCCACUAAGGAGGUCCAGGAUGGGCUUCAAGCCCUACAGGGGGAAUGUGACCAGGUGUUCAAGACACUCAAGCAAGAGAGACUGCAGGCCGUGCUUCAAGAACGGCGCCUCCUCAGACAGUGUGAUCACCUGGCAGAGCUCCUCACAGCCCAGGAGGCAUUCCUAAAGGCCAGUGUCCUGGGGAGCUCAGUGGAAGAAACGGAACAGUUGAUCAGCAAGCAUGUGAUCUUCCAAAAAGUGCUCGCACUCCAGGACAAGAAGAAGGCAGCUCUGCGCGAGCAGUUGAAAACUGCCCCAAGCCCUAAGGGACAGAACCUGGUUUACCAGGUCCUGGAGCGUCGGGCUCAAGUGAAGGAGCUGGCAGAGAGCCGGGGACAGGCCCUGCACACCUCCCUGAUGACAGCCAACUUUACCAGGGCAGCAGCUCAGGUUGAGGACUGGAUCCAGGAGUGGGUCCAACAACUGAGAGCCUGGAGCCCUCCUGGGAACCUAAAAGAUCAUCUGAAGCACCUGCAGAAACACCAGGCCUUCAUGGCUGAGGUCCAGGCCCAUGAGCAGGUUGUCAUCUCUGUUGCCACGCAAGGCGAAGGGCUCCUCAGGCAGAGCCACCCUCAGACUUUCCAGAAGCUGAAGGCCCUGUGGGAGCUCUGGGAGAAGCUGAGGCAGGCAGGGACUCCGUGGGGCCAGGCCCUGGAGGAUAGGCGCAGCUUCCUGGAGUUCCUGCAGAGAGUGGAGCUUGCAGAGGCCUGGAUCCAGGAGAAGGAGAGGAUGGUGAACAGUGAUGACAUGGGCUUGAACCUUAAGCACUGCCUGCAGCUCUGCAGACAAGUCCGCAAAUUACAGGCCACAGUGGAUGACACCUACAUCCGGAGAAUCAAAAACUUGGCACUGCAGCUCAAGAAGCAGAGCCCUGAGGAAGCUGAGACCAUCUGCCAUCGGCAAAACCAGCUCAACGACAGGUGGGAGACUUUCCAUGGCAACCUGCUCCUGUAUCAGCAGCGGCUUGAAGCGGCCCUGGAGAUACAUACAUUGUCCAGUGAACUGGAUGGCAUCACUGAGCAGAUCAGGGAAAAGGAAUCCCUGAUCCAGGCCCUGGAGAGUACAGAGGAUUUGGAGAAUGUGCAGAGGCUACUGUGGAAACAGAGAAUGCUGCAGCAGAGGAUGGGUCUCAUCCAGACUCAGGUGGAGUCUCUUGAGGGCAAGGUUGGCCGCCUCUGCAAGAGAAGUCCGGAGGUUGCCCACAGCCUCCGUCAUAAGCAACAAGAAAUGAUGGAUAGUUGGUGGAAGGUCUGGAGCAGGGCCCAGAACAGGAGGGAGUCGCUGGAUGUGGGCCACAAGGCUUGGAAGCUGCAGAUACUGCUGCGGGGUCUGCAGGACUGGGCCAGGGGUACCCCCUGCAGCCCUGAGAGAGCCCUGUACAUGCUGCAAGAGCACCAGGCAUGCAAGAGGAAUGGGCAACUCUACAGUCAGUCAGCAUCAGCAGGCCACUUCCACCGGGACCCCUUGUCCUCUGUGGAGACCCUUCUGUCAGAGCUCAAGAGGCAUGAGCGGAACCUUAAGGCAAGGGUGAAGAGUAAUGUGCUGGCGGCCACAGCCCAUGGCCUGCACCAGAGUGGACACCCUGAGGCCCUCAGCAUCCUACGGUGUCAGGCCCUACUCCUGAGGAGAGAGGCACUCACAGAGCGAGCAAGGGCACGGGAUCACCAGCUGGAAGAGCUGCAGCAGCAUCGGACUUUCUUGCAGGAUUCCGAUGAGGUAGCUACAUGGCUGAGGGAAAAGAACCUAGUGGCUCUGGACAAGGGUCAGCAGCACUCAACCAUGGUGCAAACACAAUUGCAGAAGCUGCAGAAUUUCCAGGCUGAGCUGGAUGCUAGUGUUCACCAGCAACAGGAGCUACAGAUGGUGAGGGGCAGAGGCCUACAGGGAGGCCACCCAGCCUCAGAAACCAUCAGGAGCGACUUAGGAGGCCUCUGGACGGGGCUGCAGGCCAACUGCCAGAAGAAGAUGGCCAGACUACAGGGGACCCACAAGGCUUUGCAUCUGCAGAAGAUGCUGGAGAAACUGGAGAGCUGGCUAGAGUCCCUGGAAUCAGAGCUGAGAGUUCUGCCAGGGGUGGGCGAACUCCUGGGGGCGCAGGGGGAGCUGGAAGCAACUGUUGAGAGUCAGACCAGGCAAGUGCAGGAGCUUCAGGGUCAAGCCCAAGCCUGCAUUCAGGAAGGCCACUGCCUGGCCAAAGGUGUGGAAGAGCAAGCCCAGCAGCUACUUCAGAGGUUCCAGAGCCUUCAGGAGCCCCUACAAGAGCGCAGAGCAGCCCUGGAAGCCCAGAGCCUACUCUUGCAGUUCUUCAGGGACGCUGAUGAGGAAAUGGCCUAGGUCCAGGAGAAGCUGCCCUAUGCCACAGCCCAGGACUAUGGCCAGAGCCUAAGCACUGUGCAGCACCUGCAGGAGAAACAUACAUCCCUGGUCCUUCCUCCAUUGCAGAAUUUGGAGAAGGAGAUCAGUAGCCACAGGACUCUGAGCCAGGUGGUGAUGGGUACAGGUCAGAAGCUUGUGCACGCUGGACACUUGGUGCAGCAGCUUGAGGCAGCUCUAGAGCACAAGCAGACAGAGGCAUCACGGAGGAGGAGGAUGCUGCAGCAGGCCCUGGAGGUCCAGCAGAUUUUGAUGGAGCUCCUGGAGGCAGGACCCUGACUAGCUGAAGGGGGCCGCAUUCUGGACAGUGAGGACCUGGGCCAGGAUGCUGAAGCUACAUAGGUUCUUCUGCGGUGCCUGGAGGCCACCAUGAGAGACUUGGAGGGGUUCAGGAGUCGCAUUGAGCGGCUACAGCAAACAGUGGUUCUUCUAGAGAGUGGACAGAACCCAGGCAGUCCUAGGGUGCUGUCCCAGCUGCAGGCUGUGAGGGAGGCCCACGCCCUGCUGCUGCAGAGAGCAGAGGACAGGGGGCAAGCAUUGCAUGAACAAUUGCGCCUACACCAGCUGGAGCAAGAGACCCGGCUCCUGGAUGCCUGGCUGGCUGCCAAGGAGGCUGCUGUUGAGUCUCAGGACUGCGGACAAGACCUAGAAGGCAUCAAGGUCAUGGAAGCCAUAUUUGGUGCUUUUAGCAGAGAAGUUCAGAGCCUGGGGCAGGCCAAGGUGCAGACCCUGAGGAAGCUGAUGGCCCCCCUGGAAAGAGGAGCACCCAGGUUCUACCCCCAGAUUCAAACCCACAAGUAUCGCAUCCAGGCCUCUUGGGAGAGGCUGAACAAGACAGUGGUAGUCCGUAGAGAGAACCUGGUUGCAGCCCGUGAGCUCCAGCGCUUUGAGCAGGCCACCUCAGCGCUCCAAGGUUGGAUGCAGGAGAAGACCGCCCUGCUGGAGGGACCCACAGCCGGUCCCCUGCACAGCUCUUGCGGCAUCCCUCAUCAGAGAGGACAGAGAACUAUUGAGAAAGAGGGGACGAGAGUACGGAUGGAGAAGAGAGUACGGAUGGGGGCCCAGCGACUGGGCCCUGCGGCGCAGGAGGGUCUGGCUGAGUGGCUCACCAAGGUGCAGGGGGCCCGGGCCACUGAGGCUACAGUCCAGGAGUGGAGCCAGAAGCUGCCGCAGGCCACCCCGGCCCACACCUUUCUUGGGCACCGUCAGGAAUUGCUAGCGUGGUCUCAGGAGCUGGUUUCCUCAGAGGAGCUGGCUGGGGAUGUGGUGGGGGCCAAGGGGUUCCCUGAGCAGCAUGAGAAUCUGGACCAAGAAAUCCAGGAGUGCUGCCUUCAAGCCCAGAACACAUGGCAGGAAGGGCAGCAGCCUGACAACGGCCACUUCCUGUCCCUGGAGGUGGCAGAGUGUCUGCAGGAGCUGGAAAGACUUCUUCAGGAGCUUCAGGUAGCAUGGGACCUGCGUGGGCAAGGCUUCGGGCAGAGCCAGGGCCUGCAGCAGCUCCGACAGAGGCUGGAGCUGGCUGAGGCCUGGCUGGCCUCCCAGGGGCUGGACCCCAGCUGUGGGCACUCAGUGACGGAUGUGGAACGCAUGCUCUGCACACACCAGGCCUUGGAAAAGCUACUGGCAGCCCGUGAGGAGAUGCUCACCCAGCUUCAGACAGUAACAGAGGUUCAAGGGCUGGAUGAGGGGGCUGGGUACCCUGAGAAAGGGCAUAUGAGGGAGGUGGAGGUGAAGGACACUCAUGUCGUGGAGGGGCUGGUGGAACUUAAGCAGCAGCCUCCCGCGGAGGGGAGGCAGUCCAGCACCAGCUUCUGGAUCAGGAGCCAUGGGACCAUGGCACACAGAGCCCUGGGCUUGUCCCUGGCUAUGAGGGAGGCAGUGGAAUUUCCAGGUGGCACUGGGGAGCUGGCUUGCGUAGCCCCUCUUAUGCCUGAGUGUGAGACUGGAGGACAGGAAGCAUGCUUUCUCCCCAAGCCUUCCUCGCUGUCAUCACCUCCCCCAGUCUCCACCCCGAGCCUCUUUGCAGAAUCCAAAGGGAACCUGGGUUUCUCCAUCUCCCUGCUCUGGGUCUUGGUGGGGAGCUCUCGAGGAGUCUGCAUGGUUGUAUAG